AUGUCUAACACUGAGGUAGUACAAGAUCCUCCCCAGAGGGGAAGUGAAGAAGCUAUGGAGUCGUCCAAAGCUCAGAGCAAAGCCAUGCAGGAACCAGUAUCUGCCUAUGCAGUGUCCCAUAAACCAAAGGUUUGGAAGCAUAGUGGGGGUAAGGGCAAGAAGCUAGCUCCUAAAUUGAUUAAUUGUGGUUUCUGUGGUAAGCAGCAUGAAAAAGACAAAUCAAAAUGCCCAGCUUAUGGCCAAAAGUGUAAGCUGUGCAAAAGAGAAAAUCAUUUCGCUGUGAAAUGUAAACAGAAUAAGAACAAGGCUCACAGAGUAGAGACAAUUGAAGAGGAUGAAGAUUCUGAACAAGAGUGUGUAUAUGUUUCUCUGAUAGGCACAGAUGAAGCAUUUCAGGUAUCUGCUGAUAGUAAGAGUCCAAAUUAUCAGAAAAAGAUCAUUGCAAAGUUUAGAAUCAAUGACGAAGACGAGAUUGGUAUGCAGGUUGAUUGUGGAGCGACAUGUAAUGUUAUCCAUCUAGAAGAUGUUCCAUCUGGGACAGAGUUAACUAGUACAAAUCAGGUUCUGAUUGUGUAUGGUCAAGGAACAGUACCAGUGGCAGGGAAAUGCAAGUUGCAUCUUAGGAAUGUAAAGAAUAACAAGAGGUACUUAGUUCCAUUUGUUGUUGUGAAGGGCGAAGUCACAAGACCACUGUUGGGAGCUAGUACAGGCCAGCAGAUGAAGUUGAUCAAAGUACAGUAUGAAAACAUUGAAGUUGUUCAUGCAGUAGCUAAUGAUGAUAUUCUGAUCCCAUACAAGGAUGUAUUUACAGGGUUGGGUAACAUGCCAGGAGUAGUUCAUUUGACCUUAGAGGCUGAGGCAAAGCCAGUAGUGAUGCCCCCUAGAAGGGUCCCUCUUUCAAUUAAAGAAGAUUUGAAAGAAGAGUUGUGUAGGCUUGAAAAGCUGCAGGUGAUUGAGAAGGUAGAAGAUCCUAGUGAUUGGGUAUCUAGUCUUGUAGUAGCUAGGAAACCAAGUGGUAAAUUGAGAGUAUGCAUCGAUCCGCAACAUCUUAAUAGGUCGUUGAAGCGUGAGCAUUACCCAUUGUCAACGAUUGAUGAUGUCCUACCACAGUUAGCGAAUGUGAAAGUUUUCAGCAAGGCCGACUUGAAGGAAGGUUUUCUACAAUGUAAGUUGGACGCAGAAUCAUCCAAGCUUACAACAUUUCAGACACCUUGGGGUAGAUAUAGGUUUCUUCGCUUACCCUUUGGUCUAUCACCUUCGCCUGAGCUCUUCCAGAAGCGCCUAGAUCAGUGCCUUGAAGGCCUACCAGGAGUAUUCGUCAUAGCAGAUGACAUUCUCAUAACUGGACAGGGUGAGACACAUGCAGAGGCCUGCAUAGACCAUGAUCGUAACAUGACUAGUUUCCUUCGCCGAUGUCGCGAGCGAGACAUCAAGCUGAAUUCUAGCAAGCUUGAGUACAAAUGUAAGGAGGUGCAGUUCAUUGGUCACCGACUGACCAAGGAAGGUGUUCGGCCCGAUCCUAGCAAAGUCGCAGCUCUCGUUGACAUGCCACAGCCAGUAGAUAUACCUGGAAUCCAGCGAUUUGUGGGAAUGGUUCAAUACUUAGCAAAGUUCUUGCCAUCAUUGUCGGGGCUCAGCGAACCGUUACGUAGGUUGACCCACAAGGACACUCCCUGGAACUGGGGAGAAGAACAGUCUAGAGCGUUCAUCGCGAUCAAAGGACUUGUUACAGAAGCACCGGUUCUCCGAUACUUUGAUCAGCAGUUGCCGGUAGAGGGUCAAGGUGAUGCCUCACAAAAGGGCCUGGGUUUCGUGUUGACUCAGAAUGACCAACCGGUGACAUACUCAAGUAGAGCGUUGACUGAGGCCGAAACUAGAUAUUCUCAGAUCGAGAAGGAACUUCUUGCGCAAGUUUUCGGACUUGAAAGAAACCAUCAGUACGUGUACGGUAGAAAGGUGAUCCUUUGGACAGACCACAAACCGCUAGUGACAAUAACGCGUAAACCAUUGGCUUCUACACCAAAGAGACUGCAAAGAUUACUAUUGCGAAUGCAACAGUACAAUGUAGAGAUCUUCUACAAGCCGGGUAGAGAGAUGUACCUAGCAGACACCCUGUCGCGAGCAUACUUACCGAACUCCGAGCAAUCGCCGACAGAGAAAGAAGUUGAAAGCAUUCACAUGCUUGAGGACAUAGCGGUGUCGCAGAAGACGUUAGCGCUCAUCAGGAUUGAAACGCAACAGGAUGAAAGCCUACAAGCGGUAAAGGGACUGAUCCUUGAGGGGUGGCCCGAAGACAAGUCUCGUCUGCCACCUGGGACUUCUCCAUACUUUGACAUCCGUGAUGAACUAACGUAUGAUGAGGGUAUAAUCUUCCGCGGACAGCGUUGUGUAAUUCCUGUCAAAGUGAGACCUCGUGUGAAACAGCGACUUCAUAGCGCACACACAGGAAUACAGGCCACACUCGCAAGGGCCAGAGAAUGUGUAUUUUGGCCAGGGAUGACAAGCGAUCUUACAGACUAUCUCUCACACUGUGAAGUCUGUGCAACCUUUGCUCCGAAGCAAAGAAGUGAACCUCUGAUCAAUCAUGACUUGCCGAAACGUCCGUGGCAGAAACUCGGUAUAGACUUAUUCGAGUUGAACAACAAGAACUAUGUUUGUGUUGUGGACUAUUUCUCAGACUACUUCGAAGUUCUUCCUCUGCCACACAAGAAAGAUACCAGAGCAGUCGUCAGGCGACUAAAGAGCAUUUUCGCAUGUCACGGUAUCCCAGAAACCAUUAUGUCGGACAAUGGUCCCCCAUUUAACUCUCAAGAUUUCGCGACCUUCAUGCAGGAGUAUGAGAUUGAGCACAUCACGAGUUCCCCAUAUUAUCCCAAGAGCAAUGGGAAAGCGGAGAGUGCCGUCAAGAUUGCGAAGGGUCUCUUACGUAAGACAACUGAAGCUCAAGAAGAUUUUCAGCUAGCUCUUCUAAAUUGGCGUAACACACCCACAGCAGGACUUGAUAGCUCGCCAGCUCAACGCCUGUAUGGUCGUCGCACUCGCACUCUUGUACCAACCGCGUCCAAGCUUCUGAUUCCACGCACACAAAAUAGAGUUGUCGCAAAGAAAGCGGAAAAGCAGAAGAAGCAAAAGCAGUACUACGAUAAGAGCACGAAAGAGCUACCACCAUUGAAACGCGGAGAUAUUGUUCGUGUUCAGCCGCAGUCUAACGCACAGAGUAAGCGAUGGCACAAAGCGAGAGUAGAGAAACAAGUUGAUUCCAGAUCAUAUCUAGUCAGGUCAGAGAAUGGCAAUAUAGUUCGACGAAACAGGAAGCACUUGCGCACAUGUAGUAGCACAUUCAGUGACCAGUCAGAUAUAUUCUCCACGCCUACUAGCGUAACUCGCGAACAACCAGAGCCAUCAACAUCCGAAGCGAAGCGUAGCGACACAAAUUCACCAGAUCACGUAGCGAAGUCUCCUCGUCGCGAAGCAAAUAAUGAUAUUCGCGAACCCCAGCUUGCUGAAGAGACUCAAGAACCACCAAGACCAGCUCGCCGUAGUACCAGAGCUCGCCAUCCACCAGCUCACAUGAAAGAUUUUGUUGUUUAUCAUUAA